CUUUCGGUCGGAUAGCAGAACGUACGUUGGACAGAUGUAAGUAUUUGAAUGAAUUUUCUCUUCCACAUUUUGCGGUGUGCAUGCAAUUCCCGGCAAUUCAUCAUGCAACUGCCGAGGAUUCAAUUCUGCCAGAGAAUUGAGCUCCCGAUCAAAUCGAGCUCCACUCAGAAAUAAUCCAGAUAUUUCAAUUGAGUCCCCAUUGGGUGUCUCACAAAGGUCAAAUUCUAAUUCAAUUUCAUCCACGGGAAUUUUAUGUUUUCGGGUGAAGUUGAGGCGAAUGGUUGCUAAGAAAGCACGAGGUGAGUAGAAACCCGGAAGCCAAACUGAUGCAGGAAUGCCACUGUCGACCCAAUUCUGCCACAAAGAAAAGUUUGAUCAAUAAACUCUUUGUUGUUGCCCUUGCUCAGGGUGGUUGUGGAUUCCAUCACACUCACCUGGAAGUAAUUUAUUCGGUGCAGGAAGUCUUGAAUAAAAUUUGCCAGAGAUUUUUUCGUAGCAUAAGCAUAUUUUAGCCAUUCUUCCGGUAUUUGUCCGUGUGAAAUUGAAUUGAUAGCUUCCUGCAUUUGUGGUGAGAAGAUUGCUCUUCCUGUUAAUUUGAGAGAAAACGAAAAGAGAUGGAAUUUGUGAAUAAAGAGUGUCAGACAAUUUACAGAGAAUCUUCAGCUCAAACCAAACGAUGGAGACCACGGAGGCGUCAGGAAAGUCGCAAAAGGGAUGAAAGUCAGGGGAAAAGGGAGCCAAAUCGCAACAGAAUUCGAUUAAUGGAAAUUCUAGAGACCACCUACGGUCCCAAUAAUCUUCCUCAGUCCGUACAGAAUCUCCUCCAUGCUCUGGAACUUCAGCUGUGGACGUUGAAAGAAUUUGAAAUGAGCCUUUGCCAGGAGCAGAGGCUAAACUACGUUAAGAAGGAAAUUCUUUCAUUUCAGCAGGAUAGCAGGGAAGUUCUUGGAGAGAAACUUGAUAGACUUCUGAGGGAUGAAAUUAUCACAAUAGACAAGAAGAGGAAGUCAAUUGAACUUCAUGUGGAGAGAGAAUUGAGGAAGAAUCGACGCAACGUGGUCAAUUAAAUUGAGGAAAUUAACAUUCUAAAUUAAUUAAAACUGAUUAAAUAAAAUAAAUCUCACCUUCAAUG